ACUGAGGUACCCACCUGCUUCAAGCAGACUUCAUUUGUACUGGUGCCCAAGAGGAACGUGGUGACCUGCCUCCAUGACUAUUGCCCAGUAGCACCUACAUCCACAGUGAUGAAGUGUUUUGAGAGGGUGGUGAUGAAACAUAUCAACUCCUGCCUGAGAAGCGACUUGGAUCUACUCCAAUUUGCCUACCGGAGCAACAGGUCCACAGCAGAUGCCAUCUCAUUGGCUCUUCACUCAACCCUGGAACAUCUGGAUAGCAAAGGUUUCACGCAGAGCGAAAUGGGCAAGAAGGUGAAAAGGAAAUCUGAGGACGUUUCUUCAGACGAGGAGGAGGAAUACGUGGUGGAGAGGGUGCUGGAUCGCAGGGUGGUGAGGGGACGUGUGGAGUUUCUGCUGAAAUGGAAAGGCUUCUCUGAUGCUGACAACACGUGGGAGCCGGAGAAGAACCUUGACUGCCCAGAACUGAUCGGGGAGUUCCUGAAAACCUACAACAAGGACAAGGAGAAUGGCACUGGUUCCCGAGACAAGCCGGAUAACAGCAAACGCAAGUCUGCCAUCGUCAACGGCAAUGAGGAGCCCAAAACCAAGAGGAAAAAAGAGGACGAGGACAGCGUGCGGGGUUUUGACCGUGGGCUGGAACCGGAGAAGAUCAUCGGAGCCACGGACUCCUGUGGGGAACUGAUGUUCCUGAUGAAGUGGAAAGACUCGGAUGAGGCUGAUCUGGUCCUAGCCAAGGAGGCCAACGUCAAGUGUCCUCAGAUCGUCAUUGCCUUCUACGAGGAGCGUCUGACGUGGCAUGCCUAUCCCGCCGAGGAGGAGGAGAGGAGGGAGGAGCCGCAGGCCAGCUAG